AUGCCUGUCGUGAAAGGAGGUGUUUGGACCAAUAUCGAGGAUGAAGUGCUUCGUGCAGCUGUCUCCAAAUAUGGUCUUAACCAGUGGGCCCGAGUCUCCUCUCUCCUCGCACGGAAAACACCGAAGCAAUGCAAGGCGCGUUGGAUUGAAUGGCUGGACCCAGGUAUUCGCAAAGUCGAGUGGUCGCGGGAGGAGGACGAAAAGCUUUUGCAUCUCGCCAAAUUAAUGCCCACGCAAUGGCGCACAAUCGCACCUAUCGUCGGUCGCACAGCAACACAGUGUCUUGAGCGAUACCAAAAGCUCCUAGAUGAGGCCGAGUCGCGAGAGAAUGAUGAGCUUGGAUUGGGUGGCCCUGAAGGUGGGGAGGCAUCUGCUCCCAGUGCGGACGAUGUUCGCCGCUUACGUCCGGGCGAGCUUGAUCCCGAUCCCGAAUCGAAGCCUGCGCGCCCUGACACUAUCGACUUGGAUGAAGAUGAGAAAGAGAUGCUCAGCGAGGCGCGAGCUCGUCUUGCUAACACACAAGGUAAAAAGGCGAAGCGAAAGGCCCGAGAGCGUCAAUUGGAAGAGUCUAGACGUCUGGCGGUGCUACAGAAGCGACGUGAGCUUAAGAAUGCCGGUAUCAAUGUUAAGGUCACCACCCGGAAGCCUGGUCAGAUGGACUACAAUGCAGAUAUCCCAUUUGAGAAACCAGCCGCGCCUGGCUUCUACGAUACCAUUGAAGAAGAAACUCGCAAUGAGCGUGAACGAGCAAUGUUUGACCCCCGGAAACAACAAUUAGCCAACAAGCGAAAGGGCGAUCAAGAUGAAGAUGCAGAGCGCAAGAAGCAAAAGAAAGACAAGAACAGCAAUUCCGCUGCAUUCGCCGCCGCUGCCCGCGCAGGACAGAUGCAAAAGAUUCGAGAGGCAGAGCAGAGCAGCAGCCGACGGGGUCUAGUACUGCCUGCUCCACAAAUCGGUGAAGGCGAAAUGGAAGAUAUUAUCAAAAUGGGUAUGGCUGGAGACAAGGCGAGCCGGAUGAGCGCAGAUGAAGAAGCCACCCGAGGACUCAUUGGAAACUACGGAUCAAUUGUCGGAGGCACACCUAUUCGUACGCCGCGCGCGGCCCCCGAAGAAGAUCACAUUGCCAACGAAAUUAAGAACAUUCGCGCGUUGACCGAGACACAAUCUUCUCUGCUCGGCGGCGAGAACACUCCUCUUCACGAGGGUGGUUCGUCUACCGGUUUCGAUGGCAUUGCUCCCCGAAAGCAGGAUAUUGUCACACCUAACCCUAUGGCAACACCAUUUCGACAAGCCAAUGGUAUUGGCGCAACUCCAAUGCAUGGCGGGAUUGGGCCUGGCGCUACCCCACUACGCACACCACGCGAUCAUUUUGCCUUGAACCGAGAGGAGGCAGGUGGCCAAAUUGUUCCUAGCACACCCCGAGAUAUUAAACUGCACGAAAACUUCACGCGCCAGCAGAUUCGCAGCAGGCUCUCAUCACUUCCCAAACCCAAAGAGUCCGAGUGGGAACUUGAGGAGCUCCCGUCUGAGACAGCUGAACCCUCUGCUUCCGUAGCAUUUACCCAGGAGGAUGCAGCUGAACGAGAUGCACGAGAACAACAGGUCCAAGAACUGGCUGCUAAGGCCGAGUUUAAGCGCCAGUCUCAGGUCUACCAGCGCGGUCUUCCCCGGCCCGCCGUCCUUGACAUCGAUGCUUUAAUGGCACGUGCUGCUCAUGUAAAUGAUUCGAUUGAGGGUCUAAUUGCUCGGGAAACCGCAUUGUUAAUUGCACAUGAUUCUCGCAAACAUCCAGUACCCGGUGCUAAGAUUGAAGGCAAAGCCCCAAAGCUUGGUCGCUUGGAUGAUGUCUUCUUAGAUGCGGCUCGUGCAGCCGUUGCUGCCGAGGCAGCCUCUACCGAAUCUCAACAGCAGCAGAACGAAUGGCAAGAGAAAUUUGACGACGUAUGGUCAUCUACUCGCGCCAAUGCUCUACCAGGCCUCGAUGGCUACGCCGACGAUGAAGAGGAAGAUAUGCUGCAGGAAGAGCAGCGCAUGAUCACAGCCUUUGAUAACGUCCAAACAUCUCUACUUGCAACAGCUGAGCAGGGUAAUAAGCUUGAAGGAAAGCUUGCUAAGGUUCACGGCGGAUACCAGAAACGUGCCAAGACACUCCGAUCAAAGAUCUUGGAAGCUAGUUCAGCGUUGCCCAAGGCUCAAGAUGACCUAGAGUCCUUCAGAAAUUUACAAAUUUCAGAAGAAGCGGCUGUUUCUGCACGUUUAGAAAAGUUCCGUGAAGACGUUUCCUUUAUCAUGCGCCGGGAGCGAGAAGCUCAGGAGUUGUAUAAAUCUCGGAAGGAUGAGCUAGAUGAGCUAGUAGCGGGUACAGCUACAAUCAAUGGGUGGUAUUGA